AUGAAAUUUGAUCAAAGAUUUUGUGAAAGAAUGUCAAAGAGAUUAGCAUUGGACGAUUCGGAUGACGAUGACGAUGGAAAGAAGAAGAAAGAUAAAGAGAAGAACAAUCAACCACCACCUUUAUAUCCACCUUUAAGAGAGUUACCUCCAUUACCAACUAUAGAUUCACAUUCAUACACACUGUUUUCGAAAUUGAUUCAAUUCAAACAACGUUUUAAAUACUCUCCUUAUCAUUUGAAAUCAAAUGAUAGAGUUAAAGAUAGUAUAGAAAGAUAUUCAAAUAAAUAUAAACAAGAUACACAGAAUCAAUCGAUUGAAAAUGUUAUACCUAUACACCUUGGUUAUUUCCCGUUGGAGUUGACAACGAGCAAACGAAGAGGAAAGAAAAAAGCGAAAUCAAAUGUUAUGAAAACAUUGGAGGAAAUGGAGAAAGAGGAAGGUGAAGGUGAUGAAGAUGAAGAAAAGAAAAACGAAGAUGGUGAAGAAGAUUCAGAUAACGAAGAUGAAUCAGAUAUGGAGAACGAUGAAUAUAAUAAUCAUGGUGAACCUGAUGAUGAUGAUGAUGGUGAUGAAAGUGAUGGAGGUGAUGAAGGUGCUUUUUAA